GUGGCUGUGGGCACUGCUCAUUGCCGGAGGAUCCUCCUGCCCGAGGCAUUCUCAGCAGCCAGCCCACCACUGACGGGUCUCCUUCCGUGCUUGCAGGGCUACAGUCAGCAGACGUGUGCAGCGCAGCCAAAAUGAUCCAGCACGUGGUUGCUGCAGUUUGCACGCUGUACUCUGUGGCGUAUUCGGGGUAUUUUUUAACCCACUUGGCACGGCACCUCAUGUGUGGAUCCCGAGCAGCUCCUCCUUCGGGCACAAAAGCAGCACCAGCACCUCCUCUGGCUCCCUCUGCUUCCAAAGAGGAGGCCAAAGAGGAGGAAGAGAGCAGUGAGCUUCCUGCUGUUCUGGGGGACGAUGGUGAACUUCCCUCAGUGCCAGGAGAUGAGGGUGAACUUCCCGUUGUUCUGGGAGACGAGGGUGACCAUCCCGCGGUGUGGGAAUACAACGGCGAGGCUCCCGCAGUGGGGGACAAGGACAGUGGACAUCUCCCAGCGUGGGACGAGGACGGUGGAUGUCCCCUGGGAACAGCGUGAGCCUGGCGGAGCCUGCCGAGAAAUUCCUGGAAGUGGAGCAGAUUGGCCAAGGCUUCCUUGUUGAUGGAGAUCUCUGGCUGGUGAUGGAAUACAUGGAUGGAGGAACUUUGCAGGACGUUGUCAGACAGACAGGCAUGGCUGAAGGAGAGAUGGCAGCUGUCAGUCGGGAGGUGAGGGAUCCUGCUUGUGACUGCCGUGCCUUGGACACGAUGGUCCUUCCCAAUAGGGUGUGAGAACAGGAGUGGCUCCAUGCUCAGGGCUUUGUUUCUCUGUUGUUUUUAUGAGCUGGAGAAGAAAGAGCCCCUGCAGUGAACGGCCUGACAGCAGCACUGCACUUCUACUCUGUUCUUGUUCUCUUUCCUCCUGUUGUGGUCUGUAAUAAAAGUUCUCCUCCGGGGGCUCCCUGGGUUCCCAACCAGUCAGGGGAGUGACCCUCGGCUGACCGGUCCGCAGGGGGGGGUAGAUGAAACCCGGAUAGCUCCACCAAAGAGUGACGAGACGUCUCCCGAGCAGUAGGAUCCAAGAGGCUUUAUUGCGGGAAGGAUUCAGGAACAGGAGGAGAAAGCAGGGAACACAGCACUCUCGGAGGGAAACUGGUUCCGGGAGCCCAGAACAAAGGCGGGGCAGAGCAUAUAAGGGCAGAGGGAUAGGAGUGGCUAGGGUACAUAGCAACCAAUGGGUAACGGAUAGAGGGGAGGAGACAGGAUGGGGUGACAUACAACAAACCAAUCGGGAUAUAGGAGAGGAGUGGCAUUCCAACAGGGUCCAAUGGGGUUAACAGAACAGAAGAACUUUCUAGAACCGGGGAGUGUGUUAGCCUUUGACGGGCAGCUUCAACUGGGGAGGGGAGCAACAUGUGAUGAACAACUUUUAUCUAUAUUGAAGCUUCCUCCCAAGGGAGGGCGGGGACCCCUCCCACAACUCCCCCUUUUUGGUUUAUUAAAAAAACAUUUCCCAUUGUUCUAGAUAACAAUUUCUUAAAGAUAGUUAAAGCAACAGAAAUUAAGAAAAUUAUAAUCAAAACCCAAACUAAACCUUUAACAAUCGGAAUGGCCCAUCCAGGAACACCCCAUUGGGAGAAGAUCUUGUUCACAGCGUCCACAGCCCCACUUUCAGUCUUUAAGUCCUUUACCAACGCCUGGAUCUGCUGGAUGCUGGCUUGGAUGGAUGUGCUCCUUGAUGACAAAUUGAAACAGCACAUCCCCUCAAAGUCCUCGCAACUGUGGCCAUGGGCGAGCAGCAGAAAGUCUAUGGCCGCUCUAUUUUGUAAGGUGGCGUGCCUGGUGGUCUCUUCCUCCGCCAAAAGAUCUGAUAAUGCGGCAGACGUAGCGUUGGCCUGCUUACUCACCCAACACCCUAAGUGAGAAAUCUCACCGAGGGCCUUUGCUGCCGCAUACCACGGCAGAAAGAUGGAUGCGGCGACCCUCUUCCCUUUGCCCCAAUCAUAAAUUUCCAAAUCGCAAUUUGGGUCGAAUUCACUAUAGGAUCUCUUUUGGCAUGCCAAUUGACUUUCCUUUUUCCAAUCAAGAAUUUGUGUCUUGUUGGGGGUUAGGGUAGUAAGCCUGCCAAGGCUACAGGGACCCCCUUUGAUCUUAGAGGGGAUCCCAGCCCACACCCUGUCCCCACAGAUCAAAAACACACCCCGAGGGAGCUCCUUAGGGUAUGGGUAGGAUUUGGACAGUACCGGGCUCGUAUAGUUGCACCACUCAUUAAUAUAUUUCUUAUCAGUUGGUGUUACUUCCUUGAUGUUAUAGUCUGGUUUUCCUUGAGGGGCCUUAGUAUAAAAUCUAAUGCAAAAGUGAGCCCUUGUGGACCCCAGUAGAUCCAAUUCCUGGGGUUCCUGUGGUGCCUGCGGUAGUGUCCUUAUCCAACUCCCCCAGGAGUCCGUCUAGUUGGCUUUCAUACUUGUGAGUGGAAAAUCAUUUUCCGACAGGGGGACUCCCACCAGGCAUGUAGACAAUGGGUUGUCUACACCUCCCAUGGCCAUACAGAGUUGUUCCUGCCCGAUGGACUUUGCCAGCGUGACCCAGACGUUCUCUUUGGGCUGUGGUACGAUCCAGCUUCCUGCCAGGUGGAGCCACAAGAUGGUGAAGAGUGUUGUUGCAGGAAGCCGGCCACUGCGGGGUGCUCUGGCUGCGGUGAUUGCCA